AUGACUUCUAUACCUUCAUCAACAAAGGAUGUUUCGUUUGACGAAUUCUAUACCGAGGUGAAAGAAAUAGAGAAAAGGGAUUCUGUCCUCACUCCAAAACAGCAAAUUGAGAGACUUUUACGUCCUGGAUCAACAUAUUUUAAUCUUAAUCCAUUUGAAGUGUUGCAAGUGGAAUGUGAUGCAACACUUGAUGAGAUUAAAAGGAAGUAUAGAAGACUGUCGAUUCUUGUUCACCCAGACAAGAAUAUGGAUGACUCUGAAAGAGCUCAGCAAGCUUUUGAAAUUGUAAACAGAUCUUGGAAGAUAUUGGAAAAUGAAGAGACACGGAAGAAAUGCUUGGAUGUAUAUCAAGAGGCAAAAGAGCGUACUGACCAUAUGAUUGAGCAAAAGCGUAAAAAAUUCAAAAAGGAAGGUCGUUUAGGAGAAGGAAUACCAGAAGAUGACCCCAUAAAGUACAGGCAUGCUGUUUAUGUCAUGACAAUGAAGUUGUUUGCGGAUAUGGAACGCAAGAGGCAACACCUGGAAACGAGAGAUAUGGAGGAAAGGAAACGAAAGCGUGAAGCGGAAAUUGAACAGGAAGAGCAAAUGUCUUUAGAGAAAGAAUGGGCGAAAAACUUCGAGGAAUCUCGACAAAACCGUGUGGAUAGUUGGAAGAACUUCCAAUCGGGCAGCAAAGAAAAGAAAAAGAAAAAAAUUAUGGGAUUCAAACCACCCAAACCAAAACCUGAAAGCAGAUAA